AUGGUCAACAUCCUGCUUAACGUUGUCUCCCGCAUCAUCCUGGGCGUGGCUGACUCACUCUGGCACACCCUCACAUUGACCUACGUCAUGGUCUGGGACAGCACCUUCCUGCUGCUCAACACGUUCACCUUCCAAAAACGCAGGGGCAGCCUCAUACCCCCAGGGAGACCGGGACACGGCGGUCAAUGGCCGGAAUGGCACCCUCCAGUCGCGAGCGACAGCCGCUCUCCCUGCCCUGCGCUAAACGCGAUGGCGAAUCAUGGAAUCCUCCCCCGCGACGGGAAGAAUAUCCCCUUCAGGGAUAUGAGCCGCGCCAUUCGAGAGACAUACAACUUCGCUCCUACGUUCUGUUUCUUCGUCCCCCUGUACAUGGCCCGCGUGCUCGGCCGGUCCUACACGCACGGCACGGUCAACCUGGCGGAUGUCAGCCUGCACAACGGAAUAGAACAUGACGCUUCCCUCCUCAGGCACGACACGUUCCUCUCCCCUGGCGGCGAUCAGGGGAAGCCCUCCCGAGACCUGAUCGACGGGUUCUUCGACAGUGUCAAGGGGGACAAAGUGACGGUGGACGAUAUGUCCCAGUAUAGCGAGCUGAGACGAGCAGACUGCAGAAGGGACAACUCCCAGUUCUCUAUGAACACUUUCCAGAAGCUCUUCAGUAGUUCCAACUGCGCAACCUUCAUCCGCACUUUUGGAGGGUCGAUCCCCGACCUCAAGUCCUGGUUAUAUGACGAGCGCCUGCCCGAGGGGUGGGAGCCAGCAGGACGUGCCGCUUGGGGCGUGACGAUGGGUGCGUUCCAGACGACAGUGCUGAGGAUCGAGGCUGGGAUCAGGCCGUGGGAGAGUAUGGAUUCCGCUAUUGGGGAUCUGGGGGGCAGGUAUGGGUUGCCUACGGGCGAGCGCGAUGCCAAGACCGAGGGAAUUGGGGAGAGGGCGGCACUCCUCCCUGGGUGGAAGAAGGCGCAAGUGAAUGGUGAUUGA